UGCCGGUCGCGCGCUUUCCCUUCGCCCCGGAGCGGCGCCGGACUCCCGCUCUCCGUACUUCUCCGUGCCCGGUGUGAGUGAGCCGGGUGAAAGCUGUGAUGAGACGGGGAUCGAGCAGCCGCCAGGCGCCAGACGGAGACAGCGAGAGCUAAAGCUCAUCCCAGCCAGCCAGACAGCCGGUCAGCGGCCGCAGCCCCCCGGCCCACCCCCGGCCGCGCUCCCCCCAGACCCCCCCAUCCCUCCCUCGUUCCUCCCUGCUUCUUUCUCUUUUCUCAGUGUUUCUUCCCUCUCUCACCUCUACAUGUGAUUUCCUUUAUCUGGCUGGUGUCUCUCUCCCUCCUGAUCUUCACAUCCUCCCCCUCCCUCCCUCUCUCUCUGUUUCUCUCUGGCAGGCUGCUCAUUGCAGUGAGUCAGUAUCAUGGAGGCAGGCAGCGGGGCUGCCGCAGCAGUGGGGAGUGCAGCGCUGGGACUGCUGGGAGCCGCCGCCGCGUCCAGCCAUGACAUCCUGGACAGGGGCCUGAGGCCGGGGCGUCACCUGGAGGACGACGACAUUGUGCCUGAACUGGCUCACAUCCAUCCCAGAGAGAGACCCGACUGGGAGGAGACCAUCAGCGCCAUGGCGAGGAGCGCAGAGAUCCCCGAGCUGAGGACGGAGCCUCUCAUGCGCUCAUGCAGCAGCAGCACGGCCAGCAUGAAGGUCAAGAACGUCAAAAAGCUUUGCUUCACCAAGGGACACUUUCCCAAACUGGCAGAGUGCGCUCACUUCCACUAUGAAAACGUGGACUUCGGCACAAUCCAGCUCUCCCUCGGGGACGAACAGUGCGAAGUGACGCGGAACGGCUAUGAGUCCAAGGAGCUGGUCUACCUAGUUCACAUUUACUGCCAGGGUCGGAGUUGGAUCGUCAAGCGCAGCUAUGAGGAUUUCCGCGUCCUGGACAAACACCUGCACCUCUGCAUCUACGACCGGCGCUUCUCCCAGCUGCCCGAGCUGCCGCGGCUGGACAGCCUGAGCGACCAGACGGAGUCAGUUUCACAGAUGUUGUUGGCUUACCUCUCGCGGCUCUCGGCCAUCGCUGACAACAAGAUCAACUGUGGGCCUGCUCUCACGUGGAUGGAGGUUGACAAUAAGGGGAAUCAUUUGCUGGUCCACGAGGAGUCGUCCAUCAACGUGCCGGCCAUCGCCGCCGCUCACGUCAUCAAGCGCUACAUCGCCCAGGCCUCCGACGAGCUGUCCUUCGAGGUGGGCGACAUCGUGUCGGUGAUCGACAUGCCUCCUAAAGAAGACACCACGUGGUGGAGAGGCAAGCACGGCUUCCAGGUUGGCUUCUUUCCCAGCGAGUGUGUGGAGCUCAUAAACGACAAAGUGCCGCAGUCCAUGACCAACUCUGUGCCAAAACCAGCCUCCCCCUGCUCUGGCCUGCCGCCUGCUUCUUGGAGUCUCUUCCCCCCCUACUUGGAGAUGGAGAGUGUAAUGCAGGACAGUGCAUGGGUGGCCGACCCGCUAAACCACUACAGCCUGAGCUCAGUGUCUAAGAAGCACGGGAAGCUGAUCACCUUCUUGCGCUCCUUCAUGAAGUCCAGACCCACCAAGCAGAAGCUGAAGCAGAGGGGCAUCCUCCGGGAGAGGGUGUUCGGCUGCGACCUGGGCGAGCACCUGCUCAACUCCGGACAUGACGUGCCCCAGGUCCUCAAGAGCUGCACCGAGUUCAUCGAGAAGCACGGCGUGGUGGACGGCAUCUACCGCCUGUCCGGGAUCGCCUCCAACAUCCAGAAGCUGCGGCACGAGUUUGACUCGGAGCAGAUCCCCGACCUGACCAAAGAUGUUUACAUCCAGGACAUCCACUGCGUCGGCUCGCUGUGCAAGCUGUACUUCAGAGAGCUGCCCAACCCCCUGCUCACCUACCAGCUCUACGAGAAGUUCUCUGACGCCGUCUCGGCAGCGACGGACGAAGAGCGGCUCAUCAAGAUCCACGACGUCAUCCAGCAGCUCCCUCCGCCGCAUUACAGGACUCUGGAGUUCCUGAUGAGACACCUCUCCCGCCUGGCAGCCUUCAGCUACAUCACCAACAUGCACAGCAAGAACCUGGCAAUCGUCUGGGCGCCCAACCUGCUCAGAUCGAAGCAGAUCGAGUCGGCGUGCUUCAGCGGCACGGCGGCCUUCAUGGAGGUCCGGAUCCAGUCGGUGGUGGUGGAGUUCAUCCUGAACCACGUGGACGUUCUCUUCAGCACCAAGCUCAGCACGCUGAUCCGGGAGGGGGCGGGUCACAACUCUCUGUCCCGGCCCAAGUCCCUGCUGGUGUCGUCCCCGUCCACCAAGCUGCUGAGCCUGGAGGAGGCCCAGGCCCGGACGCAGGCGCAGAUCAACUCCCCCGUCACCGAGGACAGCAAGUACAUCGAGGUGGGCGAGGGUCCGGCCGCCCUGCAGGGGAAGUUCCACACCGUCAUCGAGUUCCCCACAGAGAGGAAGAGACCUCCUAUUAAGUCGAAGAAGUCUCCUGUGGGCAGCUGGCGCUCCUUCUUUAACCUGGGAAAGUCUUCCUCCAUGUCCAAGCGAAAGCUGCACAGAAACCCCAGCGAGCCCAACGAGCUGAAGGCCAUGGCCCUGGCAGGAGGUCGAGGAGACACGGCGACUCUGCGGUCGGCCAAGAGCGAGGAGUCGCUGAGCUCGCUGCACAACGUGGAAGGGGAGUCGAAGGUGUACCGCCCCCGCCGCCCGCGCUCCAGCAGCGACGCCCUGUCGGCGUCCUUUAACGGCGAGCUGCUGGACAGCCGGCAGCACUGCAACUCCUACGACAACCUGGACGGCACCGAGGACAGCGACGCGGACGACGGGCCCAUCUGCGUGCCCGCCCUCAUCUCGCCGCCCCGCUCGGCGGGCGAGGACGUGGACCUCAGCCCGCCGGACAUCGGCAUGGCGUCCCUGGACUUCGACCCCAUGUCGUUCCAGUGCAGCCUCCCUGACUCCUCCUACGCCUUCCCCCUGGACGAGUCCGGGGCCGCCGCCGCCGCCGCCGGGGCGUCCUCCCUGAAGAGGAGCCCCGGCGCCGGGAAAGCCAACGGCUCGGAGCUGGUCUCCGCCUCCUUCCUGGGCGGCCUGGCCUCCCCCCUGCUGUCCACAGACUUCAGCCUGGCCGCGGCGGAGAAGCCAGAGAGCAGGAAGCUGACCACCUCCUACUCCUACACGGACAAACCCACGCAGGCCGUGUCGCCCAUCAAGUGUGGGAAGGCCAGCAGCUUGACGCCGUUCACCGCCGCCGAGUUUUUCAUAGCCGAGACGCCCGACAAGAACCCGGCCGCUCUCACCGCGUCCCCGCAGCCGUUAUCCCCCCCUUCCAGACCCAAGGACUCCCCCCCUCCCCCCCUGAUGGGCGGCCUGCUGCUGCGGGCGGCCGAGCCGUCGCUGAGCGAAGCCUUUCAGAUGGAGCUGCACUCCAAGCUGGCGGCCUUCGACGGCGACGACAGUCGAGAGCCGAAGGAAGAAGACGGCGUGCAGCAAACACCAGCAGCUGCCUGCAGCCAGGAGCCCCAAGGAGUUGUAGAUCUGGACUCUUCGAAGGACCUCACCCCUCGUUCCCUCAGCUCCGCAGCUCCCUCCUCUGCCCCUCCCCCCCCUCCGCCUCCUAAAAACGCUGCACGUAUGUUGGCCCUGGCGCUGGCCGAGUCUGCCCAGCAGGUGUCCAUCCAGGCCCAGGCCCGCUCGUCCGAGCCCCCCACACCGGUGUCCCCCCCACAGCUGCCGGACACCACCGAAGUCCAGGACGCCUCGCCGCUGGGCCCGCUGUUUCAGGCUGCCUGUGAGAAGGAAGCAGGAAGAGGGGGGUCCCCACCACCAGCACACAGCUACACUCCAAAUAUCACGGCGGUGUCGUCUGUCCAGUUCACUUCCAGCCCCGCCCUGCCGCAGCAGCCCCCCGAGGCAACCGGCGGGACCGCUAAGCCGUCGGACGGUGUCAAGUCUUCUCCAGGUCCGGCUGAGACGCAGCCAGGAUCAGAGGCCACUCCUCCAGACACGCCCAUCUACAAGUGUGCCCCGCUCCCCACUUCGGCCGGCCUCAAGUCCCCCGCCAGGAGGAGUCCGGAGAGGCAGCAGCCCGUCUCAGGACACGCCCCGCCUCACACGGGCUCGUCCAGCAGCACUCCGGCCACCACGCCCGGCGGCGGCGGCAAAGACGCUGCAGUCCUACCACAACAUGUGCCUGAGGUCAAACCAGAGGAGACUGUUCCACCUCCAGUUCUUCCAAAACCUUCAGAACAGCCACCUCCAGUAGCUCUGAAGCCUAAAAAGCCGGCUGUCUCACUGCCCCAAACCCAAAGUCAGCAGCAGAGCCAAGCUGCGACCCCAACUGCUGCUCCGGUUCAGACCCAGCCUCAGCCCCACCUCUCCAAGGCCAGCGCCAGAGUGGCCCCCACCUCUGCUGAGCCUGUGGAGAAGCCUUGGGAGGCCAUAAAGCCAGUCCAGCCCUGUACGGAGUCUGCGAAAUACCACGACUCGUACGGACCCACUCCCCCUCCCCCCCCAGUCCGAACCAUGGAGAGCAAGCUGGCCACGGCGGCUCUCAGCCAAACGGAGGCGUCCUACCACGUCCUGGGUGAAGCCCCGCCUCCUGGACACCCGGACGAGGCCCCGCCUCACCACCCUCAUUCUCCUCGGAAAGCUUCCACUCAUCAACCAGCCUACCUGUACCAUAAAGGAGAGCCCGUCUUGAUCGACCCUUCCGGAGCGGCGUACUACCACACCAGGCCCGUUCCCGUGGGUCCGCAGUCCGUACCGCACCACUACCGGCCCGACACCCUCCCCCCGCACUACGUGUCGAAAUCUGAGCCUCAGAUACCGUACAGCGCCCGACUGGAUAACAGAUACAGCACUUUAGGCCCCCGGUCGUACCACCACUCCAUGAAGUCCAGAGGGAACCCCCGCAGCGUGUACGUCUCUCCAGGGCCCGGCCACCCGGGCUACAGCCACGACCGGCCGCACGGCUACCCCACCAUCCGCAGGGUGCACUCGCUCCACGUUCCUUCCACGAUCCGCUCGGUGCCCAUCCAGAGGACGGAAGUCCCUCCGGACGACGACAUGUUCUUCUACCACCGGCCGGUGUACCAGUGCAAAGCCUACCAGCAGCCGGCCCAGCAGUCCUCGCAGGCCGACUACCACGUCACCCAGCUGCAGCCUUACUUCGAGAACGGCCGGGUCCAGUAUCGCUACAGCCCGUACUCCGGCGCCGGUCCCCUGGAGUCUCCGUUUUAUGACAUCGACCCGUACGGCACCAUCAGGGUCAGGCACGUCCACGCCUACGGCGGCCGGGACGCGGGAGCCGUUGCCGGGCGACCGGGCGGAAAGGCCAGCGGCUACCACUACCUCUCCCGCCACGUUCUCCCGCCGGGAAAGGAGCACAGCUUUGUGAGCAGAGACAUGCCCCCGGGUCACGGGGCCAAGGAGGCCGCCGCUUACCUGGCCUGGGAUCCGGAGGAGGCCGAGAGGCUCCGCAUGCACUCCAUCCGCAGGGAGAGCCGGGCCCGGCUGAAGGUCAAAGGUCCCGUCCUCUCGCAGUACGACAACGUGGGCCUGUUCACACCAGCAGACAUAUCAGGAUACGAAACCCUGCACCUGCGCAGCAAAUCGGACCCGGGUAAGGCUGUGCUGGUAGCAGCCGAGAGCAAAGAUGGCCGCUACCUCCCCAGACACAUGGACCCCGACACGCUCAUGUACCUGGAGACGGACAAGCACGUCCAGGGCGACAAGUCCGACGGGCUCUCCAAACAGAGCGGCUCCAAGAAAUGCCAGUCCUCCCACUCCCUCCCCUCCACGCUGAGCCACAGCCUCUCCCACCCGCAGGAGAGCGCCGACGACAAGCCGUGCGGCGACGGCGGCAGGUCCAAACACUGGCAGCAGGAGUACUCCAGCAAGAGGACCUUCCAGCCGCGGUACGAGUGCCCCGAGUCCGAACACCACCCGAGCAAAGCCAAGGCGCCGGGCGGCUACCACGGCGCGGACGACCAGCCGCCGGCGCGCUCCAAACCGGAGCGGUCGCACAGCGUCCGGGAGCCGCAGCAGCACUACGGCAAGCCGGACCUGGACUACCCGUACCAGAAACACGGCGCCAAGACGGCGCAGUCCCACUACGACAACCUGGACGAUUACCACCCAGUACCUCAGCCUCAGGCCCCGGUGCAGAAGCGUGGAGGCCCCGGCUCCUACCCGGCCCCGGGGUUCUCCGUGAGCCACAACAACAGAGCGUACUCCACGGCGCUGGGCCAGGGGGCCUUCAUCCAGACCGAGCUGGCCUUGCAGAGGCCAGAGACGGAGAUCCGGACGGAAUGAAGCAUUUAUGAAGGGAAGGAGAGACUCUGAUGAGCUCCGGCCGAGCAGCCUCUGCAGGACAGUGGACUGUUGUAUCUCGAAUAUUUUUGCCUCUGUAUUUUUAAUGAAUUGUAAAGAAUAUUGUAAGACUUUUUACAGAAAGUCCUGAAUGUACCUGAUGUUAUUGUCCAUGAGGUCAUGUUAUUGUGAUUGAAUGAGACAGUAGCCGGUCGUAAAUGUAUAUGACCUGAAAGAGGUACAAAGAACAGGAACCACUAAAAUGUAAGAUUAUAUAUAUAUAUAUACAAAAUAUAUAUAUAAAUAAAUAAAUAUAAAAAUUUAACUAUACAAAUAGAAUUACUAGUAAAAGGGAUUUUUAGUUGUAUUUGUUUUUUUUUAGAUGGCGCUGGGUAUGAGCAUCAACUGGGACUAAGGUUUGCAUUUUAGAAAUGCAUGCACUCUCUAUCUCUUACAGAACAGUUCUGUGUACUUCUCUAUCCGUUGCGUUCUCUCUGGAUGUUACAGCACAAGUCGUGAGAGGAGGAUGUGCGCCGGCUCUCGUGUCCACGUCGGGGAGCGAUGAGGAGCCGCCAUGGCUGACUUUCAAUCCGUAUAGUGGUUAUCAAUGUCUUAUUUUCUCUGUGACUGUGCCAUUUUUAUGUAACUUUGCUAUAAAUCGAUUUCAAUGACUUGUGAUAGAAUGUUUUGGUACUUGUGUGUUCUUCGUUGGGAGAGGGACCAAACGACUGGGCACAGUCCUCGCACAUACGGGAUAAAGACGGAGAGGGUGGCUGGAUGGAUGCCUGUUGUAGCUUUAGAGGUGUAAGAGGUUGUUUUGGGUUUUUUUUUGUUUUUUUUUACCCAUUUCUUUCUGUUCUCCAUCUAACUCCUGGUACGACUAACAGAAUAAAGGUGAAAACGAUGUCCUGUCAGGCGAACGCGGCUCCGCAGGAGAAUCGGCUCGGUUGAUGAGAGCCUCGGAUUUUGUUCCUGCAACGACGCCACAUUUUGUUUACUGUUCUUGUCAUGAUGCACAAACAGUGUGAAGGUCACCUGAGACUGGGUUGUUUUCUUUAUUAGGCUUAUUUUUUACCACCUCACUGCUUCUGAAUUUAAAUCUAUGAAGUUGAAUUCUUUUUUAGGACACGUGGGGCCAUUUUUUUAAAAGCUGCAAAUCCUUGUGUAGUACAUACAGCUGGUAUAAUACUACGACACCUUCUUGGGCAUAAUGACUGGAUUACAAUAUGUUUGGAAUCUGUCUAAAUCCAGGUUGUACUCUGUAACUGUUUGACUUCUUUAUCGCUUGCAGGUUUUGCUCCUCUUGCCUUAUCUAAAGCCUCGACCUUUUCAGAUGUGGCGCUGAAGUAAGGCACCGUGUACUUGAAUGUGAAAACACUCCUGUCUGAAACUAGAGGUCUCUAAAGUCAGAUAUGAAUUAAAUAAAACUGUUCAGGAA